AUGGUUGAAACUGCAAAAAAAUGGUACAAAAAAUCGUCGGAGGUGCAAAAAAAAUCGUCCGUCACACGAAAGCAUCAUGAAAAGUCCACACAAAUAUCAGCGUCGCAAACAUCACACAUUUUAGAGUUUUACAAAAAUGGUUUCAAAAUCUCAAAACCAGUCAUUCAAGAAGGUGUUGCAAAAGGCUGUGGGGUUUCAAAAAUGUCACCAAAAAGUCAGAGCCGUAAAAAAAAUGUCCUCAAAAGGUGUAAAGGUUGGGAACCACUACUACAGCUACGCUCAUUAUUAUCCUUUUCUAUCUGUGUACAGCAAGUGGUGAUCAAGAGCAUCCAGCUAGAUGACCCAAGCUUCAGGGGCUCCGGCUACAUCUCCCUGGCCGUCAUCUACGCCGUCUUCGCCACCUUCAACUGGCUGGCCCCGUCUUGCCUCAGCUUCCUGGGGCCCAAGCUCACCAUGAUCGUCGGGGGCGUCACCUACGUAAUAUUCAUCGCGAGUUUCCUGUGGCCUCAAAACGUGGCUUUUAUACCUGAGCUCAGUUCUGAUCGGCAUCGGAGCCGCUCUCAUCUGGACGGGGGAAGGCAACUACCUCACACUCAUGUCCGAGCGGGACACGAUCGCGCCCGGGGAAAUCGGGGAUCUUCUGGGCUUGUUUCAAAGCAGACCAGAUACACUGUGCACAACAUUGUAUCAGAAACAGUUGCUCAACAAAUCCAAAAUGGCUAG